AUUUUGUUUAUUUUUGUGUGGGGGACAUGUCAAAACAUUAAACAGCUGAUACAACAACAACAAUUUUUUACGCAUUGUAAAUUUUAACGUAACCACCAUGGAAGAGGAACCAAAAAAGGGUGUAACUUUAUUCGGCCGUGACAUUUCACAAAUACCCUGUUUUCGCAGUAGUUUCUUAUAUGGCAUAAGCGGUGGUGUCGGCAUUGGUCUGUUAACAUUUCUGGGAACAUCACGCACUACCUUCUCGACACAUGUGGGCUUUGGUACAUUCUUUUGUGGUACUAUAGCCUAUUGGGGUUGGUGUCGCUACCAAUGGUCUGUCCAUCGUUUUGAGUAUGCCCAAUUGGAGCAGGCUAUGCGUAAACAAGCCAUGUAUGAAGGCACUGAAAUAGAGAAACAACUUGAUCUUAAGACGGCGUAGUAAUUUAUUGUUAUUUAGUUAAUUAAUGGUGGUUUUAAUUGUUAUUUUUAUGAUAUGUUCCUGUAAAGUGUGAGUGUAUGAACGACGAAGCUAUUAAAAUUUUAUAAUUUAAGCUUGUAGUGAAUUGUAUUGAUUUUAAAUUGUAUUAAAACUUUGGAAUAACUUUAA